AGUAGAGUAGACAUUCUGAGGGUGUUUAUAUUUGCAAACUUUUAAAUUUGGUCAAAAGUUAAAUAGUUGGAAAUUCAAUUGGAUCGGAAUUUUCUAGGGUUUAGCCUCGAUUCAACUAAUUGAUUUUCUUCAUCGACGCUUCCCUGCUCAUCGUCUUCAGCUUUCUCUCCGUCGCUUUCCAAGAUGUCAGAAGAAGCACCUUUCUAUCCCAGAGAAAAGCUUGUUGAGAAGCAAAAGUUUUACCAAAGCGUCCACAAGCACACAUACUUGAAAGGUCGUUUUGACAAGAUCACCUCAGUGGCCAUUCCAGCUGCUUUGGCAGCUUCUGCUUUGUUUAUGAUUGGGAGAGGGAUCUACAACAUGUCUCAUGGCGUAGGGAAGAAGGAAUAAAUGGUGGCUUCUGCUCGACCAUUGUUCCUAUGGUGGCUGAAGUUUGAAAGGAGAUAAUUUCGGACCUGUUUGUUCUUUUGUGGAUUUUUAAUUAUCAGUAGCUAAUACUAGUCACUUGGACGCAGACAAUAGAACAUGCCGAUUUAUGGCAUAUGCUAUCAGUACUCCGCAGCAUAACACAUUUUCUCCUCUGUUUAGGGGUUCUGCAUAUUUGUAUUAAACGGUGUUUGUGUGGAAAUAAGCAUGUCAAUUCCUGGCUCUCCUUAACCCUGUAUUAUGUGUUCCCAACCAUAAAUGUUUAAAUAUCCUGCUGAGCUUUUGCCUA